GUUGGUCCGCAGUUCUUUCCCAGCCAUCUCUGCCCCUUCUCGCGUGAGGCACCAUCAUUUUUCUACGGUUUUUUUAAAUCUUUUCCUUUUUUAGCCGUUAUUGACAUUAUACGACGAUUUUUUAUAUAAUUACGUUAUUUUUGCAUGGUUUUUUCUUAAUUUAACGUGCAGCGUGCAGACAGAUUUGGAGAAAAAUGCAUCGCCCGAAAUGAUUAUUUGUGAAUGUUGCAACAAGCAGUUUCAAACAACGAAUGCUUAUGACAACCAUGUGGGUUCGAAGAAACACAAGGACAAUGAAGCACGGUCUUCCAAAAAAAGCGCUAAGAUGACAGUGAAGAAACAACCAGCAGCAAAAAGACAGUUGUCGGAUGGGAAAAGACCGAUUGGAAUUGAUGAUGUUGGAGGCGAUAGCAGUGAUGGUGACGAUGACAGUGAUAACAAUGUCGACAGUGGUAGCGAUGGAUGGGUUACCGAUCAUGGCACCGAUGACGAAGAUUUUGAUGAAUCUCAGGGCAUUCCAGCAACCACUUGCUUGUUUUGUAACCAUUGCUCGGAUGAUGUGGCAGGAAAUUUGAUUCAUAUGAGUGCAGCUCAUGGCUUUUUCCUUCCGGACGCUGAAUAUUGCAUCGAUAAACACAUGCGCGAUAAAGGUCACUGCCGAGUUGCCAGCAGUGCUGCCGAAAUGGUCGAGUUUGGAGACUUCUACGAUUACAGUUCAAUGUAUCCUGAAAGUGAUGACGUUGAUGAAUCCCCGGAUAUUCUUGUGACGGAUGACGGAUAUACGCUUACUCUUCCGUCUGGGUCACUAGCAGUGCAGCGAGCGAAGGAUAUUCGGUACAUGAAGAAGUUACACUCGGAAAACUGGGUUAAAUUGGGCUUGAGCACAAACAAACUAUUUGUAUCACGCGGUCGUGCAGGCCAAUAG